CAAAAACAAAUUCAGCAGCAACAGCAAACGGUGCAACAAAAACAACAGCAACGACCUCAAAGGCAAUCCGCUCAACAACAACAAAGGCAGGCACAACUCAAACAACAACAACAACAACAACAGCGACAACUUCAGCACAAACAGUCCUUGCCUCAACAGCAACAGCAGCAACAAAAUGAACCUCAAAAUCUGUCAACCGGCACCCAGACCGUCCUGAUGACGUCAUCUGUCAACCACCAGUGGCAGAGCCUCCCACAACACAACCACUAUGUGCAGAACCCCGGGACAACAUCCGUGACCCAAACAGAACCUUGCGGCCAGUCAGGUCAGAACCUCCUGCAGCAGAACCGUUCCCAGCAGCCUCAACAGCACCUCGCGAACCAGCAGACACAAACUGUGGGUCCUCACCAGCACCAGCAGAUGCAGCAACAAAGGAUGAUACAACAACAGCAACAGACAUCGUCUGCAGAGCUUACGAGUCUGGGGUCUGCUCAGCUGGUCACCCUACAGCCUGCCGCAAUAGACCCAAGCAUGUGGUCCAGCACGGACAUGGGAGAUUCGUUAGUGGUCGACCUGCAGUCGUCAGAGAUGGAGUCCACUCUUAAUACCCACGACAUCACCGAGGACGAACAGGACACAAAACCAAAGAUCAAGAAGGAAGUGAAAAAGAAACGUAAGCUCGCAGAUCUUUUGGCUGAAGGAAUAGACCCUACAAAGCUGGAAGAAAAUAGCCACCAAGUGAAGGAACGCUUCGACAAAGGCUGCGAGUGUGACGGCGACAACUGCUUUAAAAACAUGAACCCGGAGUUUGUGUUCAGACAUCGCUUGAAUAUCGCUGAGCUCACCAAGAACGAACACGAUAUGUACCUCAUGGGCGUUACAAUGGCAUGCUUAGCUAACCCAGAGGAAACUUCUCGACACAAAGAGAGGAAACGGUUACGAGCAUCGUAUGUAUUUCAAGGCAAAAAAAUCUGCCUUGACGCCUUUCUCUACCUAGAAAAUUGCACCCAUUAUCAACUGAAGGCCAUCAGAAAGCACGUCAUGGUCAACGGAGUAACGCCUCGUGUACACGGUAAUCAUGGUAAGAAGCCUCCUAAUACUUUCCCUCUGGACACCUACCAGCACGCGGCCGCUUUCCUCCAGUCUUACAUCACUCGUUACUCGCCCGUCACCUCCAACUCCAAGAAGACGAACAAGUCUGGCAAAGCUCCUCCUGUGUACCUGCCUGUCGAAAUCACCCGUAAAAAAAUCCAUAACGCAUAUCGUGAAUAUUGUGAGCACUUCGAGCCCGACGUGAAAGUAAUGGGAUAUUCGUCGUUCCGCCAUUUCAUGAAGGAACAGUUUCCUAACGUCAAGUUCUUCCGCAUGGACAAGAAAGUCGAUCGUAAUGGCAUGCAGAGCGACGAUGAUGACGAUGAUACGGUACAGCCUCCGCAGUCCGGCGCACACAACACCGAACGACAGCAGCAGCAACAACAGCAACAACAACAUCAACAACAGCAGCAGCAGCAGCAGCAACAACAACAGCAACAACAACAGCAGCAGCAACAACAACAACAGAGAAUGGACGUACCCCAAGCAAAUGGUAACAAUAGCAACAAUCAAAUUUUAUUGCAAAAUCACCCGCCCCAACAGCAGCCGCGUCAAGACACUGUUGUGGGUACGUCCACCACCAGCCUUGUGGUGGUGAACACCUCUGAUCCCCGUGAUACAACCCCUCCCGUGUCUGCUUCUCUCACCCCCAUAACCCCCACCAGCAACCCACCGAACUCUAUACCUCCUGCUCCGCAUCCUAUCGUCACCCCAAUGUCCGGUGGCCACCCGUCCAUGGUGGCCACGUCGCUCAGCCCAGGCGCCAUUUACUCGUCGUAUAGCCACGUGCAGCUGCCGCUUAACCUACAGACGCAACAGCCGCUCUACUCCGCCUGCAUGCAGCCAUUUCCCCCGGGGCAACCUCCUCCUGUCCCUCCUCCCCAGUCUAGGCCCACUGGAUUCCCCUACACGAACCUCUAGUGAAUCUUAAAUCUAAUAUCCUCACGGCGAUUGUGCGUUCUGGGUAACGCGUCCGCGAUACGCAUUUGCCCUGUAUAGCCUGAAAACUGAGAAACCGAUCGAUUUAAGAUGCCCAAAUGUAUUAUAGAUAAAUUCAAUAACUGUUCGGUAACUCAGCGGUAAGGAGGGAUAAAUAAAUUCUUUACAACGUUUUAAUUAGUUUAAUAAUGUAUUGCGUUAGGGAAACCCUACUCGUCAUUUCUCUUCAGUCUCGAAUAAUAUUCCGUAAACUUGAUUAUAUUUCAGAUACCUCAUUAAAAAAACAUUUCACGCAGUCGAUUUAUUGCUUUGUUGGAUUCAAUUCUGUUAUAAUUGAUGUAAAUUUGUAUUUAGAAUCUAAACUUAAUUAUUUGGUUAUUAUUCAUCUGACUGAGGGAUUUGAUUGCUCAACAUAUUUUGUGCCAGUUGCUGCUAAUGCUAAAAUUUCUUUAGUUUGUUACGUUAUAAAGUGUCCUGUGGAAUUCCUCAAAUUUAGGCGGCGCACCGCUAGCGUACUGGCGUACGAGAGCCGUGCUGCGAUCGGUGUGCCACUAUCGCUAGCACACCGUCGCGAUUUUAUCGUGCAAUAUAAAUGACGCGUGGACGGCUUAUAUUAAGUGACGAGAGCUGAACAGUGUGCCACUUGUUCUAUGUUGCAAAUUACAACCGCCAAAUUUAAGUUUCAUAUAGCCAUCGUUGCCGCCAUUAGAAUAGGAAGGCGGUGCAGUAAAAGGAUUUGAUUGAAGAAAUACUCAUGUGUUAGCCAGGAAGUCUGUAAAAUACGUUAGAAGUUAAGCAAUUAAAUUCUCGCAGCUAUGCAUUAGCAAGGAAACUUGCUACGAGGUAAACUGUUGAUGCAGUUUGUUCAUGUGUAACUGAAUCUAAUAUCCGCUGAUUUAGCAGUUUUCUCUCCGUAUAACGUAACUACCCAGUGCAACAGUUCAAUGUGGCCAAUAUCAUGAAAAAACGAAAAGAGUUAUGGAAUCGAAUUUUUUGGGGUUUUAUUUUUAUAUAUUGCAGUGCCUAUGAUCGCAAUUUGGCAUUUCUUUACCUGGGCUUUGAUUUUUCUUGGGCAUUUUGUAUAAUGCGAAAAUUUACUUAUUAUUGGCAUGUCUCGUAUAUGCGCGACUUCAGGCACAUGUAAUGUAUUAUUUAUUAGAUUUUCUUUAUCAUUCUUGCUGCAUCUUAAUAUUUAUUCGUGUGCUGUCGAUACGUUUGACUUUCAUUGCAUUUCUUUUAUGGAGCGAAAAACUUUAUUAGGAUAUUUUAUUCAUGCCUCUUUUCCGUGAGGAAAACAUUGUUGCCUGUUACCAAAUAAUUUCUCUGCGUUCUCUAAUUGUUAUGAAGUUUUUUCGCUCGUGUUUCGUAACAUCUUGAUGUUCUUCCCAUUUAGUAUAGGAAGUGUUUAUAAGUUCUCUUCAUCGCUAGUGAUAUUUUCAAAUGAAGGAAAUCUUGACUCGUGCGUUACCGCUAGAGAGACUGAAGAGAGAUUUCGUCUAAUAUGGUUGCUCUUCCACUGAAUUCAAACUAAUGGCGACGUUAAAUUAGUUUUCUCUUCCAAUUCCGAUGCAAUUAAAAUUACGCUGAAUAGUUUUACGUGUUCCAUCUCCCUGUUGAAUUAUGUCCUCUCAUUCCAGACAUAAUACAAGAUGAAUAUAUUGUCGCAUUGAU